AUGGUGCUAGCUUAUUCAUUAAGAUUUAUCCAAAAUCUGCGAACAAAAGACCCAUCUAGAAAAUUGCAGGGUCCUCUUUCAUUCAAAGAAAUUGACACCGCGUUGUUAGCCGUGGUGAAGUUGGUACAAAAAGACACAUUCCAUAAGGACAUUGAUUUAUUAUCUCGCGGUGAAAUCCUUGACAAAAAAAGUAGUUUAUUGAGUUUAACUCCCUUUAUCGCCCAAGGCAUUAUCAGAGUCGGCAGCAGACUCGAACGCGCUAAUAUUCCGUACGCAAAGAAACACCCAGUCGUUCUACCAAAAGGUCAUUAUAUAACUAAACUCAUUAUGUUUCAGAGCGAAGCCUCGCGGCAUUAA